GUUUAGUGUGGUUACUUUAUGCUUGUUUUAUAAUGUUUGUUGCUGGAUGAAGUGUGCUUCACUUGGCAUGCCUUGUAUCUGAUGCUGGAAUGGUGGAGCUGCUCCUACAAUUUAGAGGGAAGAUUGCAACUGCAAAAUUACUUAUUUUAAGGAUUCUCAGUUCAGGCUAAAGUAGCUUAGUGUUGAGUAGCGUUAUCAGUGAUUGAUCUGCGGGUGUACGUUAGCGUAAGAUGCGCUUCGAUUGAAACUCUCUUUGAACCGCUAAUUUCAUUUCAAUUACAAUGGCUCAGAUUCCCAACCUGGACAAUGCCCCCAUCAAUCUCAUUUCAAUCAGGGAACAAUCCCAAAAGGAGCUCAUCAACAUCCUCAAGAACAUUCGAGGGAAGAAGUGUUUGGUUAUCGAUCCGAAGCUAGGGGACUCUCUCUCUCUCAUCAUACAGACAUCAUUACUCAAGGAGCAUGGAGUUGAAUUACGGCAUCUUUCAGCUGACCACAUUCAAACUGACUGCACCAAAGUGGUCUACCUCGUGCAAUCUCAGCCUAAUUUGAUGCGACAUAUAUGUUCUAAUAUUCACCAUGACGAAUCGAAAGGACUACAAAGAGAAUAUCAUGUUUAUUUUGUUCCCCGCCGCACUGUUGUUUGUGAGAAAGUUCUUGAGGAAGAGAAAUUACAUAACAUGGUUACAAUCGGGGAGUAUCCCUUGUAUAUUGUACCAAUGGAUGAGGAUGUACUAUCAUUUGAGCUUGACCUUGCUUACAAAGAGUGCCAAGUUGAUGGUGAUACAAGCUCGCUUUGGCAUAUCGCAAAAGCAAUUCACAAACUUGAGUUCUCUUUUGGAGUGAUACCAAAUCUGAGGGCAAAAGGAAAAGCAUCUGUGCGUGUUGCAGACAUCCUUAACCGAAUGCAGGCUGAGGAACCAGUCAACUCAUCUGACAUGGUUAUGCCAGAGAUAAACACGCUAAUCCUUUUAGAUAGAGAGGUGGAUAUGGUUACUCCUUUGUGUUCUCAAUUAACAUAUGAAGGAUUACUUGAUGAGUUUUUGAAUAUCAAGAAUGGUUCUGUAGAGCUUGAUGCGUCUAUUAUGGGACUUCAGCAAGAGGGGAAAAAAACUAAAGUUCCACUUAAUUCAACUGACAAGCUCUUCAAGGAGAUACGGGAUCUCAACUUUGAAGUUGUUGUCCAGGUUGAUUUUAUAUUUAUCUUGACUAAUUUCUCUCUCUCUCUCACUCUCUCUCUCUCUCUCUCUCUCUCUCUCUCUCUCUCACUCACACACACACACACACACACACACAUGCCAAAGAAGCAUUUUGACUACUUAAGGAGAGAACUACUACAUAGCUAUGGAUUUGAGCACAUAACAACCCUAAAUAAUUUAGAGAAAGCUGGGCUCUUUAAAAAGCAGGAGUCAAGGAGCAACUGGCUUACCAUAAAACGUGCUCUGCAGCUUGUGGUUGAAGACACUGAUACAGCCAACCCCAAUGAUAUCUCUUAUGUCUUCUCUGGAUAUGCACCAUUUAGCAUUCGUUUGAUCCAGCAUGCCAUUCGAUCUGGAUGGCGUCCUGUUGAAGAAAUUUUGAAGCUGCUACCUGGACCUCACCUGGAAACAAAGAGGGGUGCAUUCUCAAAUAGCCCAUCAUUUGACUCUUUAUCAGGGGUUUCAACCGGCAUAGCCAAAGUACCUGAUGGGAGGCGUGCCCUGGUGCUUGUUGUCUUUGUUGGAGGUGUUACCUUUGCAGAGAUUUCUGCUCUUCGGUUUCUCUGUUCUCAGGAAGGCAUGGCAUAUGAUUUAAUCAUUGCAACGACAAAAAUAGUCAAUGGACAAACCUUGGUUGAGACAUUUAUGGAGAAGCUAGGUUGAUCAAUCAUUGCAGUUCUUUUUUUUUUUUUUCAUUUUUUUACCUUUUAUUUUUUAUAAACUAAAUUGUCUUUCCCGGCUUAGGGGGGUGAGAUUAUGUUUGAUGAUGCCAAAUGAAAGCUAUAUGCAGCCUAAUCGAGUUCUUCUAGAGUGAUGCUUAACCAAUGUUUAUUGAUGUUGUAAAAUAAGUGAGGCCUGGAAUAUGAGAGUUGUUUUUAUUUAGUUCUACUAUCGUAUAUUUGCCUACUCUUAUCUGGUUCUUUAAUAGAAUCUUGGUGCCUCUUCCAUGGCUUAAGAUUUCUAGA